CUGACAUCACCGCCGUGGCAGCCCUUUAAACCCCUCACCCAGCCAGCGCCCCAUCCUGUCUGUCCAAGUCCAGACAGAGCUCACGCCUUCCCGAGAGCCCCGAGGAACCCCUUGUUGCUUCAGCUCCCCGCCAGCAUGGCCAAUAAGGGUCCUUCCUAUGGCAUGAGCCGGGAAGUGCAAUCGAAGAUCGAGAAGAAGUACGACGAGGAGCUGGAGGAGCGGCUGGUGGAGUGGAUCGUUGUGCAGUGCGGCCCCGACGUGGGGCGCCCCGACCGCGGGCGCCUGGGCUUCCAGGUCUGGCUGAAGAACGGCGUGAUUCUGAGCAAGCUGGUCAACAGCCUGUAUCCUGAUGGCUCCAAGCCAGUGAAGGUGCCCGAGAACCCGCCCUCCAUGGUCUUCAAGCAGAUGGAGCAGGUGGCUCAGUUCCUGAAGGCCGCUGAGGAUUAUGGCGUCACCAAGACUGACAUGUUCCAGACCGUUGACCUCUUUGAAGGCAAAGACCUGGCAGCGGUGCAGAGGACCUUGAUGGCCCUGGGCAGCUUGGCAGUGACCAAGAAUGAUGGACACUACCGUGGAGAUCCCAACUGGUUCAUGAAGAAAGCCCAGGAGCACAAGAGGGAAUUCACGGAGAGCCAGCUGCAAGAGGGCAAGCAUGUCAUUGGCCUACAGAUGGGCAGCAACAGAGGGGCCUCGCAGGCUGGCAUGACGGGCUACGGGCGGCCCCGGCAGAUCAUCAGUUAAGAGGGCGAGGGCUGGUGCCCAGCCCCGCCUUUGCCCAGCUCGCUGGCCACAGCAUCCUGCCUCGCCUGCCUCACACACAGCUGUGUAGUUCCUUCAGCCCCGGCCAAGCUUCGAGGCUCUGUCACUGAGCAAAGGUGACUGCACUUGGGCAGCUCGCCCCCACCCCUCAGCCUCAGCCCAACUCCUGACCCCAAAGCACUGCUCCCCCGGCCUGCCUCCCAGCUCCCCCACCAGCUCUGCCGUGUCCCCAUCCUGGGCUGAGCAGGGGAGACGUGGGCUGGCAGUAGCCUGGGCGUGAGCAAGUCCACUGUCCUCCUUGGAAGCAGAUGCUCAUAGAAGGAGACCCAGCCCAACCUCCCUUGAUUUUUUUUUUUUGCUGGAAUAUUUGGGGGGGUUGAAAUUCAAAAAGAAAAAAAAUAUAUACAUAAAUUUUUUUCUCAG